UGUUGCUGCUUCCUCAUCGUCCAAGUGAAGAGAGCCAGAGACCCUGGGGCUCUGAAUUCUGAGUGCUCCCCUGUCUCUGUUCCCCUGGAACCUGUCCUUGUGACCUCACAAGAUGAGAGAGUCCUGCCUGCAGCACAGCUGUGCCCAUUGUAGAGAAGUGAAAACUGAGGCCCUGGUGGACUCCGUCAGAGGCGGUGCUUGGGCUAGAACAGGUGUGCUUUGUCACAGGGGCCCUGGAGGGGAAGGGUCAGGGAUGGUGUGAGAGGCAGGAUGAGAGAGAGAAACAUGGGGCCACGGCGAGAGGCAGGACCAGGACACACUGGUGGCAGCUUUGUGGGCGCCGUCCUCGGCCUCGUAAUGCCACCUUCAGCGGCUCCGAGGUUUGGGCCGUGGUCUGGGAAGAGGCUGCUCUGCCUCCUUCCUAUGAACGCUCAUCCCCUGCUUCUUCUUAUUUGGAAGAAGUGUAGACCCAGUGAUCGCGAUUGAACACUGCAAACCUUGCCUUCCUGCAGCUGUGUGCACUGGCUAACAACUCCCUGGAGCCGUUAGCAAGCUCUAUCAUUUAAAGGUCAGGUAACACACAAGCUGAGACUUCCGGUCACCUUAGGUUACGGCACCCGUAGCCACCCGGUUCACAAUUUACUCCCUGCAAAGGCAGUGAAGCGGGGAGCCCAGUCUGACUGUCCCUGACCUGUCUUUCUCUAAGUGAGCAGUGGUUUGUAGGACAAGGAGCCAGGGCUUACGCCUGGGAACCCAGGUUUUCUCUGAGACGUUGGAGGCCAAGUUUCUGCAGGGAGCUGGAUCCUUAGGGUGUGGAGUCCCGGCCUCCUGCGGAACCAGGGCCAUGAUGGGGCUAACCCAGGAACGGGAGGGUGGGGGGUUGUGGUGCGGCUCAGCCCCUUCCUCCUCCUGCUUCCUCCUCCUCCCUCUGUAACUGAGGAAGCAUUCAUUUUCCAAAUGUGUGGGCAGUGGGCAGAGACUGGAUGUAGGUGAGCCUCAAGGUCAAGCUGGGGCGGUUCUCAUUCCCACCACCUCGGGUACCCACACUGUCACUCUGCGCCUGUUGAACACCCACUUUCCCAGGGACUUUGGGAGGGACCCCCAGUGUAUCUGGGAGCCAGGGGCUCUCAGACAAAGGGAGCGCUUGUGCACAGCGCCUCUCCCAGGGCUCCGGCAUUGGAGCAGAGCUGUUCUCCAGCCCCGGAUAAAACACAGCUGGGGCGGGCGCAGAGCGGAUUAAGGCACUGCUCGGGGCACUGGUGUCGAAUGCUGGAGCUCCAGUUUGUUCCAGCUCCCUGCUGGAACACCUGGGAAACAGAAGAUGGCCCAGUGCUUGGGCCCCUGCACCCAUGGGAGAGGCCAGGGGGAGUUCCUGGUUUCUGGCUUCAGCCUGACCAUUUGGGGAAUAAAUCAGAGGGUGAACGUCUCUCUCUCUCCCUUUCAAAUAAAUAAAAAUAAAUAUAUAUUUUUAAAAAAACCAAAGAUUUCAGGAAGGAAGUGAAUGCCACGGUUACUUUAACUCUGGCGGGGUGGCGCGCAUGCCAAGUAUGAAAGCGCUAGAAGGGGCGGUCUGUGGUACAGUGGGUAAAGCCACCGCCUGCAGCGCCGGCAUCUCUUAUGGGCACCAGUUCAAAUCCUGGCUGCUCCACUUCCUAUCCAGCUCCCUGCUAUGACCUGGGAAAGCAGUAGAAGAUGGACCGAGUCCUUGGGCCCCUGCACACAAGGGGGAGACCCAGAAGAAGCUCCUGGCUCCUGGCUUUGGAUUAGAGCAGCUCCUGCCAUUGUGGCCAUCUGGAGAGUGAACCAGCGGAUGGAAGACCUCUCUCUCUCUCUGCCCCUCCUCUCUCUCUCUCUGCCUCUGCCUCUCUGUAACUCUGCCUUUCAAAUAAAUAAAUAAAUCUUGAAAAAAGAAAGUGCUAGAAGACGAUUCGUGCUCUUCUCCCGAAAUGAACAUUCGUCCUGCAGUAAGACAGAGAAACGUGUGUAUGUGGAGGAGGGGUGGGGAGGGACGCAGAGGGGGAGAAAACCCUCACGGUAAAUGAGGAGAGACCUUUAACUUAGCGGCCAACCUGCAAAAGAGAAUGCUGAGCCCAGGUGGGUGCGUGGGCGGAGGAAGCAGUGUGGUUCGUGAGCCAGGGACACGGAGCGGAAACAGGAUUUCCACCUCCCAGUGGACUCUUCACUCCCCCCACCCCCACCCAGCGCAUCCCAGGAAACACUGUGACCUUUGGCUAUAGCAAGAAGUGGACAAGGUGGCCUGGACCAGGAGCCCCUGGGAGGCCAGAGCUGGCACCCAGAGGUGAGAAGGAAGCCCCUGGCUCAUCAGCCCUGGCUCCCAGGUCCCCAUGGGAGGGGAGAGGGCUGGGGGUCCUGGUGGUCAGGUGGAAAAGGCUGGAAGCCCUAGGGGUGGUCCAGCCCAGUACCCUGCCCACUUAAGGCCCUGGCCUGGACAAGAUGAAGCCAGCGUUUACUGGAGCAUUUUAUUAUUUAUAGUAUUUAUUGGCGUAUUUAUAAUUUAGAAUAUGUAUAAUGUUUAUUAGAGCAUUUCUAAUAUUACAAUAUUCAUACUGUUUAUUGGAGCAUUUAUAAUGUGAUAUUUAUAUUAUUUACUGGAGCAUUUAUAAUACAUUUAUAUUAUUUACUGGAGCGUUUGUAAUAUUAUGAUAUUAUAUUAUUCAUGGAGCAGGUAUAAUGUUAUAUUUGUACUGCUGAUUGGAGCACUCACUCGGUGCUCACGAGAUGCCCCGAGGGUCUCUUGUACUGAGGGCGACACUUCUAUCAACCACAUUUUCUCCUCCGCGGUGGUCAGCAGCAGGAGCAACGGGAGAUCUCUGGCCUUUCCAGGGCCUUGCAGUCUUUAUCAUGCCAGGGUGAGGGUCCCCCUGGAUGCUGUAGACCCCAAGCGCCGAGACACACAGGCUUGAAGGCUCGUGUGCCAGGGUGGGGGGCUCCAGGCUCCACCAAGACCAGCCACAGGCAGCACGGCCGCCGGAGGAGGAGCUGGGGCCUCUGAGCGAAUCGGCCAGAAUCCCAGUAGGAAGAGUAGGGCAGCCCUGGGGCUGGUGUCUGAGCUGGGCGCUCUCCCCUCCCCCCUGCCCCUUACCAGUGCAUUUCCAGGGAGGGACAGAGGCAUGGGAGUGAGGCCGGGUUGAAUUCUAAACGGUCACUGCCACCUUGCAUGUUUUACUCCAUCCCACCUUGACACUAGGGGUCACAGACUGGAUGCCUGGCCACCUCCCGCCCCUACGCCUGCCUUCAAGGAGGCGGGACAUUCUGGGCCCCCACAGGUGGCUGUAGGGCCUCUAUGGGUCUCUGGCACGCAGGGUGGGGGCCAUCCUGAGGGAUGCGGCAGGCGCUCUGGGAACAGUCUCACUUGUGCCCACAGGAGCCAUCAGGCUCAGGUGCACAGCUGGAGCUUGAGGACAGGUGUGACCGAGCCUGGAGGUGUGGGGCAGCCACUGCUGCGUGGGCUCGCAGGGUGCUCAGCCCCUCUUCCUUCCUGCCUGCCUCAGUUUCCCCUGGCCACCCCUCUCUGUCAAGGCUUUCUCUUGUCUGGGAUUCCUGCUCCCUUUGAUCAGAGAGCCCCCAUCAUCCAUGUGGCUCCUUUUGUUGUCUCCAAAUAGAGCGUUAGGGGAGACAAAGGCACACAUAAAGCCAGUGUCUAGGUGUGUAUGGUGGGGCGGGGGGUCCACAGUCAGCCACAGAGACCAGGCACCUGCUGGACACAAUGCCUACGCCUCCACCUGUUCCUCCCAGUUUCUGAGACAGGUGUCAAGUCCACCAGCCCGCUUGGAGGAUGACCCUCAAGACUGGCUGAGCGCUCUUAAAAUCAGGCUGCUGCAGGGGGCUCCCAACACCCCUUUCCUGUCCUGAGUCCCUUGUGUGACUGCUGCUUUCUCACUCCAACCUGACCCCGUGGGAGUCUGUCCAGAAUCCAGCCUUGGAGCUACCCUACCCCACUGGAGCAGGUCUUGGUUUGGGUCCGAGGUUUCUUUUAUGGGACAGUUUCCUGUAUGCCAUUGCUCUUCAGUGUGCAUGUUCCUGGGGACCCCAGUGGCCCCUGCCCCUAUUCCUGCUCCACCAGCUUGUAGCCCCAGCUCUUGCCAUCCCUGGGCCCCGGCUGCCCAGGGAGACCUCUGAACCCCACAAGAUGCCACAUCCUGCGUGUGUCUACAUUGCAUAUGUCCUCGUCCUCCGGCAUCUUCCCCGUCACCUUGUCCUUGUGCCCCUGGCUGGCUGGUGGCAUCUCAUUCUGCAGCAGAGAACAGGGCCGGGCCUGCUGGACUCCCCAGCUGUGAGGCGGCAGGAACCUGCUGGCUGGUGGCAUCUCAUUCUGCAGCAGAGAACAGGGCCGGGCCUGCUGGGCUCCCCAGCUGUGAGGCGGCAGGAACCUGAAGGUAGCCAGCUAGGAGGGGAGCGAGGCACCGCCUGAGGAGGGGCUGAGCCGGCUGACACGGCUCCCUGCUGGCUUCUGGCCAUGGGUGCCUUCCCCGGGGCAGGUGAGCCCAGACACCCAUGAGCCCCCACAGUUCAUGGCCCCCUGUGUCCAGGAGGCCCUGGUCCUGGCUGACCCCACACACAGCCCCUCUGACAUCAGGAGCCUGCAGGGGCCUUGCUGGGAGAGGCCAGGUCUGCCAGGGCCCUGUCCCGGUGCCUACGCCCGCGGGGGGCCCUGUGGCCUGGUGCGGGGUGGACUUGGUACUGCCUGUGUCUUGCGCGUGGGUGUGAUCGCGGGCUUGAAGCGCUGGCCCAGGCCGGGAGUGCACGUCUUGAGGGGAGCUCGGGGCUGGGGCCCCCGCAGCUUCCCCGCAGACACACAUGAGCCGAGCCACUCUUCUGAGUCACCAGACCCACCUCAGGUGGUUUCUCUUCCUGUAGAGACCUGCGAGCCAUGGCGCACACGCUUGGCAAAAAUAGCCCCGGCCUUGUCCUGCGCCCGGGGCCCGGGAGCUCACUCUCCAGCCGCGUCUCAGCACCAGGUCUCUGGAUGGCCAGGGAUCCCAGCUGAGGGCCAAGUGGGAAGCGCGGGGGAGGCUCAGCAGUGCCAGCCCCUACAGAGGCCGAGAGGCCCCAGGGGAAUCAGCAGCUGUGAGGUCCAGGCUGGCCCGGCUCGCUGUAGGGGUGCAGGGCGGUGCGUGGACCCAGCCACGCUGAGACGCGUGUGGGGCCUGCCGGGCAUGGACACCUCCUGAGGGUGUGGGUGAUCGGCACCAAAUCCUAAACCCCAGGAGUCUGCAGACCACAGCCGCCUUCCUCUGCUUGCAGCGUGGUGCCCUCGUUAGACGUCAGGCCUACAUCAGACACUUCCAGAAAGACUCCUAGGCCUUGUCGCUCCUGGAAACUCUUUUGAGUUUUGUUUCUGGGUGAGUGUGUGACCGCUCUUCUGGGACUUCUAGGAAACUUGCUCUCCCUGCCCCUUGGAGGGGAGGGGACCCCCCCCCCCCCGUCCCUUGGAGGGGAGGGACCCCCCUCUCCCAGAGCCCUGCUCCAGACCCCAGGGGAAGGGCCCUGGCCCUGAAGCGCCCUUCGCCUGUAGGCUGCCCUGGAGCUACUUGAAGAGCACCUGGUCCCACCCCCUCGGUUCACCAGCAAGAAAGUUGAGACCCAGAGAGGGGAAGCACCUCUCCCUGGAGCAGGCUGGCGGCCAGCGCUGCUGGAGGGGAAGCGGCAGCUCACAGUCGCUCAGCUGCACCAGACCCCCAGCAUGUAACAGGCUCCGGGCCGGGGAGGGAAACCGAGGCAUGGAGCCUCUGACCUGACCUUGCUCUCAUGGGACACACAGCGAGACUCCCGUGGGCCUGCGUGCUGCCCGCACCUGACGCGGCUCCGUGGGCUGGGCCAGGUAGCGGGGCUGGCGGCAGUCCCGGGCUGGCGGCCUCUCAGACGCAGCAGCUGCAGCAGGCGGACCCGGUCUGUCUCGAUGACGGGUGAGAACAUGACCCAGCUGAACGCGAGCCAGAGCUGCUCGUUCGAGGACGUGGACCAGCUGAUGUACACCCUGCAGCUGGCAGUCCACAUCCCCACCUUCCUGCUGGGCCUCCUGCUCAACGUGCUGGCCAUCCGCGGCUUCAGCUCCUUCCUGAAGAGGAGGUGGCCGGACUACAAGGCCACCUCCAUCUACAUGAUCAACCUGGCCAUCUUCGACCUGCUGCUGGUGCUCUCGCUCCCCUUCAAGAUGGUCCUGUCGCAGGUGCGGCCCCCGGUGCCGGCCUUCUGCACGCUGGUGGAGUGCCUCUACUUCGUCAGCAUGUACGGGAGCGUCUUCACCAUCUGCUUCAUCAGCCUGGACAGGUACCUGGCCAUCCGGUACCCAUUCCUGGUCAGCCACCUGCGGUCCCCCGGCAAGAUCUUUGGCAUCUGCUGCACCAUCUGGGGCCUGGUGUGGGCCGGGAGCAUUCCCAUCUACAGCUUCCACGGCGAGGUGGAAAAGUACACGUGCUUCCACAACAUGUCGGACGGCACGUGGAGCGCCAAGGUCUUCUUCCCUCUGGAGGUGUUCGGCUUCCUCCUGCCCUUGGCCGUGAUGGGCUUCUGCUCCUCGUGCAGCAUCCACCUCCUGCGGCGCCGCAGGGACUACACCCAGGACUGGGUGCAGCAGAGGGCCUGCAUCCGCAGCAUCGCCGCCAGCCUGGCUGUCUUCGUGGUCUCCUUUCUGCCCGUGCACUUGGCCUUCUUCCUGCAGUUCCUGGUGAGGAACGGCUUCAUCGUGCAGUGCAGGGCCAGGCAGAACAUCAGCUUGUUCCUGCAGCUGGCCUUGUGCUUCUCCAACGUCAACUGCUGCCUGGAUGUCUUCUGCUACUACUCUGUCAUCAAAGAGUUCCGCAUGGACGUCAGUGCCCGCCGGCCUUCCAGGGUGCAGCUGGACACCGUGACUACCAGGGGCUAAGGGGGGAGGGCCCUGCUUGGAGGAAGGAGACCCCAGCCCCGAAUCCUGGUCUCGGCUGUCCUGUGGCCGAGGCUGCGAUGUGGCGGUGUGACUGCAGCCCGCCCACGGCUGCGCUUCCCCCCCGCCCACCGGACACCAUUUCCACUUGUCAUUCCCCAGAGCCCUUUCCCCAGCACCCAGACGGCGCAGCACAAAUCACCCCGUGGUGGGGGCGCUCUGAGGAUCCAGAGGCAUUCCCGAUGUCUGUGCCCAAGACUGGAGAAGGAGAGUGAGAUCAAUCCCAGCACGCCCUGUUGGUCUGUUAGAGGAGAAGAUUCCGGAAAGAAAGAGGCGAGGAGGGAGGGACUCGGCUGAGCUGCUUGCAGAGGGGAGUGUCUUGGGCAGAGACGGAGUGGGAGUGGUAGGGCCGGCUCAGGCCCGUUUGCAGCUGGGGACCCCAGGGGAGGCAGACUUUUGAGCCUUCUGGUCCCAUCCGGAGCUCUGGAAGAGAGGAGAGCAGGUGGGCGUGCCCGAGGAGGCUGCAGAGGAUGAGGCCACGGGGAAGCGGUGGACACUUGGUGGCCACAGUGGGAAGACGGUGCAAAGGCACUGGUGACUCCUGAGAGCCAGGAGGGACAGGAGACCCAUGGGGAAGGCAGGAGACAGGCCAGGGGCUGGCACGGACAGCUCCUCUGCCGUGGUCACGCUUCAGGGCGUCCACUGCAUGGAGGGUCAGUGCCUCUCAGGGCGGGGGGGGGGGGACUGAGGGCAAUGGCCCUGGGAGAGGGGUCCUCCUGAACACCAGCUUUCUGUCCCCAGCAAGUUGGGGAGGGGCUCUUCAUGCAUCCUCAAAAACGCUGAGCAAAGCAUCGGGCUUGAGAGAAAGUGAGGCGCUGCAUCUCUUGCUUGCUGGGCAGGUGGCAGGGAUGGCGCGGCCCACAGAGCUGCUCCUCUCCAGCAGGGAAUGGGGGACCGCGUCCUCAGAGGCCAGAGCAAGGGGCUCUGGGGCGCUGGGAACUAGAAACAAGUGUCAGGGCUCUGCUGGCCUAAGGACAGCCAGAGUGACAGUGACUCAGCAGCGAGUGGGCAGGGCGAGGAGUGCUGAUGCCUCACCACGUGAGCCAAGCAGGGGAGAGAAGCAGCCUCCGCCCACCUGCCCUGGAGGCCUGGGUGGGGGAGGGGCAGCAGUGUGGGGAGGACUGGGACCAGGAGUGGGAGAAGGAAGGAGGGAGAGGGAAGAGGAGGAGGAGAGGAGGGAGAGGAGGGGAUGGAAGAGGAGGCGGUCCUGUCACUGCCCUGGAGGGGAGGGGGAUGAGUGGGGGCCUGGCAGGGAGGUGGAAGGCAGAGCUUCGUCCUGAGAGUCUGGCUCCCCAGCCAAGGGGCAGGCUCCCGCUGCCUCGUGCAGGGAAGGGUGUGGGACAGUGUCCCUAAUGCUGGAGUCGCUGCACUGGGAGGGGAGCCAGAAUCUGCUGGGGCUCUGCAGACCACAGAGGAGGCUCCGUGCAGCCUGGCUGCCUCCCCUCCCCCUGCCCUGGACACUCCUCUCCCUGCCUGUGGGCUGCACUGCCCCCACCCCCACCCCCGCUGUCCUCCUAUGGCUCUCUCUGCAUUGCCACGGGGAGCCCGGCUGGUGGCACCGACAGGGCAGCCUGCAGGUGCAUGUGUGCCCAUCGUCACUCAGGGCUAGCAGCUUCUUAAGAGGAGAAGCUCAGUGGGCCCCGACACCACCCCCUUCCCCAGCGACGUUCAAAGCUAGAAUCUUGACUGUGGCCGCUGGGCCCCAUCCGGGACAGAGCCGUUGCCCGUGAGCUGUGUGAUGUCAGGGACCAGGCUUUGGAGGGGUGGCAUCUUGUGUCGGUGGGCAUGGUGCCCAAGGACCCUGUGGGGAGGAGGGGCCUUCUCCCUCUGUCUCUGGGGACCCACCCUGGCUGCAGGGCCUGGUGAGCAGGCAUGGAUCCCGUGCAGCAGGCCGGGGUGGGGGGCUGUCUUACACGAAGGUCCAGUCUCUGAGUAGCCAUAGCCUGAGUGGCCCAGCACCAGCUGGGGCCCUGUGGCUGCAGCCCAGGGUGGAUGGGGCGGCCCUAGUAUUAACAGGCUCAGGCCUGGGGUGUAGCCUAGGGUGACUCCCCAGCAAGGGGCAGCCGGUGAGUUGGGGAAAGCCAGAACAUGGUUCUGGCAAAGGGCAGAGGUGCUGGGCGCCACUGUUGGGCCAUUAAUGCGACCCUACUUGUGCUUCUAGUCUGAAUGAACCAGAGACACACCUGCUGUAUGUGCGCUUGGGAAACCAGCACAAUUAAUUGCAAAAGCCUUGACUGCUCUGAUUUGCCAAAUAAACAAAUCCACACGAUGCUGGGUGUCUCAUCUUGGCCUACCUUUGUGGACACCCAGCAGGGUAACCCAACAAUCUCCGUCCCUUCAGUGGCCAAGCAGACGCGUGAGGCUCCAGGGAGCGGCCCCCAAGCCCCCACCAGGAGCUCAGCUGGUCUGAAGCGAAUGGUAAGAGGCAGGCCCUGCUGAGUCCAGCGUCUCCUCCCCACCCGCUGCAGGUGCUCUGCUCCCCGUGGCAGCAACUGGGCACCACAGACCCCACACGUCCACCACGGUGCCCCCGCCCUGCUCCUGCCGCCUGUCCCAGGAGGUCCAGCCUAAGAGGCCUGCUGGCCAGGGAAGGUUGCAGUGCCCGAGAGGGCCAGCCUCCGACGGCCCCCUUCUCCCACCUCCUGCAACGUGCAUCCAGCUCUCUCAGGUCGGGUCAGCACUUUUCAGUUCCCCACAUGGGAGUCUUGCGAUUGGGAGCUCCUGGCCAGUGUGAGCUCCUAGACUCUGGCCUGCGCUGCCCCUUGCUCUGAAUUCCCACAACCCCAGCACAGCCCAGUUGCUGCCGGGGUGCCCAGGGCUGGCUGGGGACAGCCUCGCUCCUGGACAGUCAUCUCCGACCACCCCGGGAGCUGCCUCGCAAGUAGGCCACGUCCCCGGGGAAGAUGUGACUUGGAGAAUGUGUCCUCAACGGCGUUCGCCAGCUCUGUACCACUGGCGUCAUCGCUCUCAGCAGCUGGGGGAUGCUAAGGACAUUUGGGAUAGUGAGAUCGACUCCAGCCUCAGGCAUCCUGGUACCUCGUUGCUGCAAAUAAACAGGAAUUGUGUCCUGCUAGACAACCGCAGAGACUCCUGGAGGUUAAAAAGGAUGAGUGAGGGAGACCCUGGGCGUUGUGUUAUGUGGGUUAAGUCCUGGCUUGCGGCCCCUGCAUCCCAUAGCCAAGUGCUGGUUCAAGACCUGGUUACUCUGCUUCUGCUAAUGUACCUGGGAGGAGCAGAAGACAACCCAAGUACUUGGGUCCCUGCCACCCUUGUGGGAGACCCAGAGAGUGUUCCUGGCUCCUGAUUUUGGCCUGGCUAUGGUGGACAUAUAGAAGGGGUAUGAACCAGUGGGAUGUAAGAUUUCUCUUUCUGUCUCUCCCUCUCUCUCUGGCACUCUGCCUUCUGACUCAGUGUGCAAAUAAAGCUUUAAGAAACUGGGCGAAGGGGCCGUGCUGUGGCGCAGUGGGUGAAGCUGCCGCCUGCAGCGCCGGCAUCCCAUAUGGGUGCCGGUUUGAGUCCUGGCAGCUCCACUUCCAAUCCAGCUCUCUGCUAUGGCCUGGGAAAGCAGUAGAAGAUGGUUCGAGGCCUUGGGCCCCUGCACCCACGUGGGAGACCUGGAAGAAGUUCCUGGCUCCUGGCUUCAGAUUGGGGAGUGAACCAGUAGAUAGAAGACCUCUCUCUCUCUCUCUCUCUCUCUCUCUCUUUCUCUCUCUCCUUCUCUCUUUGUGUAACUCUGACUUUCAAAUAAAUAAACACAUCUUAUAUUUAAAAAAAGAAAAAAGGAAACUGGGCAGAGCCAGCGGUGUGGCGAUGAGGAGAGACGGAACUGCAUGGAGCUCCCCCCACCAGAGUGUGCUCAGCUGUGCCAUGGGUGGCAGCCUUCCAGGGCCAAGGAGAAGCUGGCUGGGCCCUGGUAAGAAACCCAUGGUUAAGGACAGGGGGCCCAAGGAUCCCCAAGCCCCGCCCCCAAAAUUGUACCUGCAGCUGCCUCUCAGGGAGCCCCAGACACAGAGCCCUGAACUGUUGCUGUGGAUUCGUUCUGAGAAGAGGAGCACGGUGGGGGCAAGAGGCGCGGAGUCACCACACAGACCCCAGGAGUUGGGUGAAAGCAGGCCAGAGGUGAGCAGCCUGCAGACUCGUUUGUUUCAGUUGGUAUAGCAGCUUAUAUAGCCGAGGCAGCCAACCUGGUCAAGGGGCAGUUUAUGCCCUAACCAAUCACAGCCUGUUGCCAGGCAGGCUCUGUUGCCAGGGGGUUUCCCAGGGGGUUUCCAAAGCCACUCCUGAGUAACUGAUGCUUGCUUGCCAGCGGCCAUCUUGGCAUGGCCUUCUCAUUCCACCACAUUUCCCCCUUUUCAUUUAUUUUUGAGCAAUGGGAGGCAUGAUUCUUGGCCAUACCAUUGUUGACCCCAUUUCCAUGUGGUUUCCAUAUGCAACUGUGCCUGUCUUAGGUUGUCCCCCAGGGGAUCUUACCCAUCAUUGACUAACCAGCGCUCAAAACGGGAGACCACAGGAGUGCUUGCUCAGAUACGGGUAGGAAUGAGGAACAAUGGUAAUCAGGAAUGGCAUGACUGCACGCAGGCUGUGGGCCAUUUGAGUGGCUGACCAGAGCUAAGUGGGGUAUAAAGCAGUAGUGGAUGUGGCUGUGAGCAGUUCCUCAGGGUAGGAUGAUAGGGCAGGUGCGUGGGCUAACAAGGCGGGCUCUCAGUUUUCUUCAGCUGGUCUGGUUGGCUGUCAGUUGCAGGCUUGAUGUUUCUGGCUGGGACCCAAAUGGGCUGUCCCGCAUUCUCUGGAAAGACACAAGCAUAUCCUUGGCUCUUGGUUAGCAGAAGCCUUUUUACGGGCGAUGGAAUCCAGGGCCUAAAUUCUGUGUCUGCUCCUACAUUAACGGCAAACAUACGGGUGGGAUGGGGUCUAGCAGCUGCGCUGAGAGCCUGGGGUGCCUGGGGACUGCCACAAACAUGAGGAUCCUCACUGGGUGCGGAUGGGAUGGCCUCACAUGAGUUACUGUCUCGAGGUCGUCUAAGUUCAUCCCACAGGUAUUUUGGGGGUAGCUGACCAGGCAUUGCUGCGUUGUCUGCUGUCAUGUCAUUUUCACUGUCGGAGCUCUCUCUCCCUAAGUCAUCAACUGUUGUCUGUGAGACAGGGACCUGGAGUGUCAGGCUCUUAUCACUCACAGAUUCAUUAUGUUUGGUAAUCUGCGUGGGAUUCUGAGAGGGAGGUAUCUUUCCCAUGUUUGAGUGCUUAAGAGCAGUACGCCACACCAACUCUAGCCAAAGGAAAGACACGCACAGCACUGCUGCCAGAAUAAAGCAAAUUCCUAGCACCUCAGCAGCUGAUGGCAUUCUGCAAGGGUUCCCUACGUUAGAUGAACAGACAGGGGUGUAUCAGAUCGUAUGUAUGUCCUGUGCUUAGUGGGGGGACUUCCUUGAUUUGUUAGGUCAAGGCCGUAUGCCCACACAGUGUCUCAGGAGUGUCACCUCUCUCGAGUGAGGGAAGAUGACUUGGUUCCGAAUUCCGGGAUGAUCAGUCCCUUAUGUGAAUUCGCUGGGCGAACUGAAAGUAAAAGGAGGAGCUGAGAAGAGUUGUUACGCUUCUGGUUGGUGUGUGCUUAAUCUGGGGUCACUUAGACCGAGGACAAGGACAAGGAAAGGGGUGUAGGAGGGGGUCCUGUGCUCACCCUCACAGAACCGAACAGCACACAAAACACCGAGGGGCCUACCUGCCGAAAUCAAGGGGGGGACCGCGCCGAGUCUGACACGCUCGCUCUCUGUCACAUUGGGUGCCAGGUGUUCGUUCUGAGAGGAGGAGCAUGGUGGGGGCCAGAGGUGUGGAAUAACCACACAGACCCUGGGAGUUGGGUGAAAGCAGACCAGAGGCGAGCAGCCUGCAGACUCGUUUGUUUCAGUUGGUACAGCAGCUUAUAUAGUGGAGGCAGCCAAUCUGGUCAAGGGGCGGUCUAUGCCCUAACCAAUCACACCCUGCUGCCAGGCAGGCUCCAUUGCCAGGUGGUUUCCCAGGGGGUUUCCAAAGCCACUCUGGAGUAACUGAUACUCCCUUGCCAGCGGCUAUCUUGGCAUAACCGUCUCAUUCCAUCACACUGAACGGCUGUUUGAGGAAGCGUGGACUUUUACACAGAUCAAGGGGGCUCUGGCAGCUUGCAGUGGAGGACUCGGCCCUCGCGUUGGGUCUGAGCCGCCCCUCCCAGGCCAGCAGCCUGCCUGCUGGGGUGCUGCUGAGGGAGGUGUCUUUCUCCCGAGCCAUGAUGGAAGCAGAAGCGUGGGCUCUGCAUUGCAAAGUCUCGCCUCCUCCAGGAGGCAGGAUCAGACUGGAAGAGCUGUCAAUCCAAAGUGGCCUGGGCUCUGUGUGAGGGAGGGGCCCCAAGCGCACCUUUGGGGGUUCAGACCGCACCUUCAUUCUGGGGGCUCUUGUGUAACCAAGAUGCUCCCUGCAGGGCCGGAGACCCACACUGCAGAGGGCACGGCCACACAGAGGCCAUCAGAGCGCUGUGCCAGGAGUGGUGCUGCACGUUCCUACUGACAACAGCCCUCAGACACACUCGUGUGUGUUUCUUGCUCGAGCUCUGUCUUUUUUUUUAUUUUAAAGAUUUAUUUGUUUAUUUGAAAGGUAGAGUUACAGAGAGGCAGAGGCAGUCAGAGAGAGAAAGUCUUCCCUCUGCUGGUUCACUCCCCAGUUGGCUGCAACGGCCAGAGCUUUGCCGAUCUGAAGCAAAGAGCCAGGAGCUUCUUCUGGAUCUCCCAUGGGGGCGGGGGGGUCUAGGGGCCCAAAGACUUGGGCCAUCCUCCAUUGCUUUCCCAGGCCAUAGCAGAGAGCUGGAUUGGAAGAGGAGUAGCCGGGUCUUGAACUGGUGCCCAUAUGGGAUGCCGGCACUGCAGGUGGUGGCUUUAUCCGCUAUGCCACAGCGCCAGCUCCUCAAGCUGUGUCUUGUGGAAGAGAGAGUAGGCACCACAGAGAAUUUAGGACAGGUGCACAGGAACCCAACCCUACCCGGCCCAACCCCAGAUGGCCCCACGUAGCUGACCCCCCCCUCGCCGGGCGCUGCAUGUCAGCUGACCAACCACAUGCCCCUUGUGGUCACCUGUUUUUCACUGUGGUAACAAAACGCAAAGGGCAGGCUACUUGCUAAAGAAAACAGCUUUAUGUUGGCUAUUGGCUUUGGAGGUGCGGGUUGAGAGGUCUCACCUGGCCGUGGCUUUCUUACUGAGAGUCCCCGGGCAGCCCAGAGCAUCACAGAAGAGACAGGUGUGUGUGUGUGUGUGUGUGUGUGUGUGUGUGUCUGCUGGCCUCUCAUGACGGGGUCACAGCUCACAGAGAGAGAGAAAAAGAGAGAGAGAGAGCGAGUGCACGGGCUCCUAACUGCUGGUUCAUUCCCUAAAUACCCGGAACAGCCAGGCUGGGCAGGAACCCAAAUACCUGAGCCAUCCCUGCUGUUCCCAGGGUCUGCGUUAGCAGGAAGCAGGUGCAGAACCCAGGCUCUCCCAUGUGGGAUGCAGGUGGACGCCGGCCCCUCACUUGGCCUUUGAGUCAGGGGCCCACAGCAGUCUGACAGGUAAGAGGCCAAGAGGAGCAGCCGUGGUGGGAGGUCCCGAGCCCCCACCCCGCAUCCCUCUACUCACGCCCCCUCCCAUGCUGGCAGCUGCACUAACCGGGGCUCCUAAGGAGUCUCCCCAGGCCUGCAGUGCGAGUGGCCGGGACUGUGGGGGUCCUGGCCCCUGCCCAAGCCCCACCCCCUGACGCCUCCUCUGACAUGGGGCUCAGCGGUUAAGCAGUGUCCUGGAGCUAACCUCGGGAGGACGGCACGGGAGGGCGGGGAUGCAGCCGUCAGAGCUUGGGAGCCUGGUGCCCAUCCGCACUCAGUUCGAGUUAUUCUGGGGGCCAGUGUGGGCCGUGGUGGGGGCAUGCUUGGGGGCCUGAGGAUGCAGUGUGGCCAAUCAGGGCGGUGUGGGGGCCACCAGGGGGCAGAGCGAGACAUCUUGUUCCAGGAGGAUCACAGAUGGGGGGCUGCAUGGAGACAGUCGGGGAGGGCAGGCAGCUGGAGGCAGGGUGCCCAGGGUGCGGGUCCUUGGGACAGUCAGGCCGGGUGUCUGCCUCGCAGGGCCUCGGCCACUGCCCAGGCUGGCUCCAGCCUUCCUGGCUGCCGGCAUCUCCCUCUGCUUCAGACAGCUACAGAGGCCCCCAGGGCCAGUGCAGGGGACUUGUUAGGAAGGAGCAGCUCAAGGACGGGGUUGGGGGGGUCUUCCCUGGCAGGGGGGCUUCCCUAGCCCUGUGACUGGUGCUCCACGGCUCCCAGGAGAGCGACGUGCAGGGGACAGGCCGAGAAGGCUGCAGGGACACCAGGGACACCAGGGAGUGAUGCCCUACUCCAGGCGCCAAUGCACACAUCGCAACCCAGGGCUCCUCUCCUGUCUCGGCCGGGGUCCUCGGACCCAGCUUAGUACUUAGUUGUUAAUGAGAUUGAGAAAAUAGUAUGCAGGGGCUAGUGUUACAGCACAGAGGGUUAAGCCGCCAUUUGUGACACCAGCGUCCCCUAUAAGAGUGCUGGUUCGAAUCCGGGCUACUCUCCUUCUGAUCCAGUUCCCUGUUAAUAUGCCUGGGAAGCCGGUGGGUGAUGGCCCAAGUAUUUGGGCCCCUGCCACCUACGUGACAGUCCCAGCUGUUUCUGCCACUUGGGGAGUGAGCCAGCAAAUGGAAGAUCUCUCUGUCUCUGUGUCUCUCUUUCUCUGUCACACUUAAUAAAGCACUCUUAUAGAAGGCAAGUAUUAUUUACCAUGCUUGCGUGGUGCCUGGGACAUCAGGGCAGACCAUACAGGCCAAGGCUGCCCCCUGCAGGCUGAGUGAGGGACUCCCAAGACCACGGCCCUCCCCUGGCCUGAUCUGGCCGAGGCCCUGGGGGAGGCAGCCACAAUCGUCAGACUCCUGCCCUCCUGGGGCCUGAGAAUGUGGAAAGUCGGCCCUGGGCCAGAAGGUCAAGGCUGCAUCCUGGCUCCAGGCUGCCGGCCUUUGGGCACAACGGUGCCGCCAUGGCCUGUGACGUCGGGACGUCCCCACAUGAAGCUGGUUCCAGUCCUGGCUGCUUCCAAUCCAGCUCCCUGCUAAGGUGCCUGGGAAGGCGGUCGAAGGUGCUCCGAGUGCUUGGGUGCCUGCCACCCACGUGGGAGACCUCAACAGAGUCCUUGACUCCUGUAUAGCCUGGCCCAGCUCCAGCUGUUGCAGCCACCUGGGGAGUGAACCAUUGGAUGGAAGAUAUGUGUGUGUGUGUGUGUGUGUCUCCCUCUCUCUCUGUAACUCUGCCUUUCAAAUAAAUAAAUCUUAAAAAACAAAAACAAAACCCUGUCUCCAGCACUGGCCACAGUGUGAGCACAGCUGAGUGUCUUGGCUUUAACUGGGAAACAGCUCUACCCACGCAGGCGACGCCCGGCACACAGAGAGGGUUCCAAAAUCACUAGCUCUCAGAUUCUCAGAGCUGCAGCGGGCUACUCUGAAAGCUCCUCUCUCUGGGGGCCCCGGGGUCUCCGCCCCUUUCCUGCGUGGAGCCCCUCCUGCGGUCUGGCGAGCCCUGGCCGUCCCAGGAAAUCAGAACGCACGGCCUCACCAAGGACCCCAACCGUGCCAAACUCCGGUCACCAAAUAUUUGCAGAUGCCUGCCGCGAGUGUAGCGCGACACGAAAAUCCCCGCGAGCAGUCCAGGGAGGCGGCAGGUCCCAGGCUUUGGGCUGGGGCCCGCGGGCUUAGGGGAAAGGAGUGUAGCGCCCCCUAGUGAGGACUGGCAGUAAGUGUGCGGUGGUUUCUGCUACAGAUCCCCAGGCUGAGAACUUCCGGUUUGGGGGUACCUGGGCACAGGAGUUCUUUCAGGUGUGCUCUCUUGAUUAUGCAAAUGCGGGCCGCUAGGCUCCCAUCCUCUCACUCUUGAGAUUUGGGCAGACCCAGGACUUGUGCUAGCGGGGCUUGGCAGAAGCUGGGGCGUCGCCCUGUGGGUGAGGGUCCCUGCGGCUCUCUGAAAGCAACUCUCCAUCUCUAAGGUGUAAAGUCAGGGAUGCCUGUCCAGGUGUGCUAGGGUGACCCGAAGAUCCGCGGCAGGGCAGGGCAAAGAGUCCCCAAAAGGAAACCACCUGGAUGAACAGGCUUGGCCGAUGUAGAAUCGACCACGCAGAUGGGCAGCGGCUGAGGGCAGCCUGGGGCGUGGCUGAUGCUGGACAGUCUUCCACUCCCGGCCGCCUGCCCCAGAGCCCGUGCUUUGGGAAGCGAUGGCUGAGUCGGGAAGCAUGUGGACUGGCAGGAGCUCCAGACCCGAACCGAGACCAGCACGGCACCCCGGCCUCUGGGGGCGGCAGCAUCCUCCGAGCUUCCACAGCGACACCUGGCGACGGCAGCGAGAAACAGCAGCCGGGGGCUGAGGGAGCCCUCGUCCACCUUCCUGACUCCCUCGCAGGGGCCAGAAAGCAAAGCUGACCUCCACGUGGGACUACCGAGGAGCCCUGGUGUAUCUCAUUAUCAGGGGCCACGGCAACGAAUUAAGAAGAUAAAAGAUCCGAGUUAAGAGGGGGUCACAGCACUGGCAGCCUCACCACCCUCGUUCUGUGUCCACUUUCAUCACCAGCCACUGUCUUCCCGCACCUGUGCUGUAACAAGAGCCCCUCUCAGAGGGGACCUUACUCAGCCUUAUGUCAAAGCCUUUGGGGCUCCUGUCUCCCCAGAAAGCAGCUCCGCGGCCCAGCUGCUCCCUCCCAGCAGAUCCUGCCUUUGGCAUGGCUGGGAUUUCCCUCCUUUCCACCCGCCUGUCUCUUCCUGCUGUUUUGCACCUGCUCUUAGGUGGGAAGAGGCGGCCCCUGGUUUAAGUGCUUGGCCACAGCUGAUCUUCUUCCCAGGACUCUUUGCCUGGGGACCGGGAGCAGAGCUGUAGUUCAAAGAAAUAACCAUGGGAGGGACAGCUCCAGAAGCACCUCUAUGCCUUUGCAAGUGCACCAGGAGGCACAGGUGAACUGCAUUUGGAAUCUGCA